CAUUCAUUGUCAAAUCUCCCAGCUGUGAAAACAUUACUUUCUUCACCAUAAUAUUUGCGAAUUUUACUUAAAUAAUUUAUGUACAAAUAAGUAACAUGCUUAAACGAUUGAAAGCCAUUAAUUUUGAACGGCCGUCACUAGUUUUUUCGGCCGGAGAUAAAUUAAGAGGUUCCUUAGUGUUUGACGGGUCUGAGCGAACAUUGACUAUUUACGAUGAGUUUAUCUCAAUUCCUCGCGCAAGUAGAGCUGACACCCCGUUCGAGUUGGAUUUGCCGGAAACGUUAUGGUCAACUUUCAUCGGCGGACUGGGGUACACAGUUUACCGUCUCGUCUUUUUUGGCAGGCCGAACAGUCCACUUUUCUUUAAGGAAUCGUUACUCUGUCUCAGUGAGAUCGUCAUCAUUGGGUUAUCAAACCCAGCGGCGGAUGCCUUCACGGCACAAUUUAAUGAAAUGAAGGAAUUCGCCUCCAAAUCGGGAGAAUUGGCGAAACUGACCGUUUCCAUGAACCAGACUUGUGCAUCUCCGGGGGACACGGUGUCUCUGUCUGUGAAUAUCGAGAACGGUUUAAGGCUCCCUUUGGGCUCGGUGAAAAUGGUGUUUCAACAGCUAUUCUCCCGACAAAUGAAGGACCAAGAAGUUAUCAUCCUCGUUCAUAAGGAAGGACCCUUAAUUCCUCCCGGACCGAGGAGGAAUAUUUCAUGGAACUGCACUUUCCUAGUUCCCCAUACCGUCCCCACAAAUAUGGGAGCAGACGGGUGCAAAUUCAUUAAAUUGUCGUAUUGCAUAAUUGUUACUGUCGCCAAAUUUGUCAAUUUGCAAAUCAUCGUGCCCAUCCAUAUCGGGACGUCUGUGUUUUCUGACCCCUCUGACUUUGAGGAGGUCUCCCUCGCUUAUAAGAGUCAGUUGCAACGCAGCCUUUCCGAACAGUCGCUCGCCUCUUGGGCCACGUCUGAUAAUGCGUCUUCGAGCUGUUGGUCGUUAAUGGACGGUACUGAAAGUGAAAGUGGUGAUGAUAGCAUCAGCGUGGUGUCUACAUCGUCAUCGACCCGACCACCAUCGUACAAUUCUGAGUGGAAGUUUGCACCUAUAGAGACGCGUAAGGCAUUAAAUACUUGAACGUCAUUGUAAAAUUUGCAUCAAUUUGCUCAUAAAUAUGACUGAAAUUUGAUGGAAUUUGAUUGUGCAUUUCAUAAAUUUUGAAUUUCGAUACGACCACUGAGAUUAAUAAUAUGUAUGCAUGACAAACACAAAAUUUAUGAUUUCAAAGAUAUGUAAGUAUAUAUGCACAUCAAAAUUUAUAU